ACGAAAGUAAACAGCGUAAUUUCACGUGGGAUAUCAACGUAAUUUUAAAAUGGUGGUCUCGGUUGAAGAUGCACGUGUUCCAGAUGCUCAACCCAACUUGGAAGUUCUUGUUGGAACUUACGAGGAAUUCAAUCUAGGAUUCAGAUUACAACGAAAUGUAGAAGGAGGCUUAAUUUUUGUCCCCAGCUUUACUAAUCAUAGCCACUGUGGUAGUAUCCGUUCGGUUGCUACUUGCAAACAAUUCUUGGCUUCUGGAAGCACCGAUGAAUCCAUCCGCCUAUUCAAUUUGAAAACCCGUUCUGAAUAUGGAUUUCUCCAGCAGCACAAUGGUACCAUAACUUGCCUAGAUUUCUUCCAACAAAGUUAUCUGUUCAGUGGAAGUGAUGAUGGAAAUGUCUGUGUUUGGAACACAAGAACAUGGAAUUGCGAGAAAACACUUAAAGCACACGAGGGUGGAGUUACUGCCAUCUCUGUUCAUCCUUCUGGGAAACUAGCCCUCACUGUUGGUAAAGACAGAGCCAUGAAAACAUGGAACCUGAUAAAAGGCAGGACAGCUUAUGUGACAAAUAUAAAGGCUGUUGCUGAUUCUGUGAAGUGGAGCCCAGAUGGAACAAUAUGGGCUGUGUCCAUCAACAAUAUUGUCAACAUUUAUGAAGUGAAGUCUGCGGGGAUUAUACAUACUGUAGACUUCAAAACCAGGGUCAACUUUGUAUUGUUUUUAAAUGAAGAUACCUUGCUUAUUGGGGGAGAAGGGCCUAAUAUUGAAUCCCAUUCUGUCACACACCGAAAACCUGUAUCUCAGUUCAAAGCCCAUGAAAAGAGAGUAAAGGCGGCGGCCAUUACAAAGCUAAACGCUUCCGAAGAACUUCAUUUGAUCACAGCGUCUAACGAUGGAUUCAUCAAACUGUGGCGCAUUCCCGAAAUACCUGGAGAACCAUGUUUAGUGACCCAAGUGGACUCGACUUGUCGCAUCACGUGCCUGUCUGUAUGGACCGAAAAAAACCCGAGCUUGUCAGUGCAGAAGGAUGUAAAGCCGCUUAGCGCUGAAGCCCGCAGCAGCUCCUCAAAAUUGCCUAUUGAAUUAUCCAAUCCAGAGAAGGCAUCACCAGAACUGAAGUCAUUACUAAAGAGAAAGAGCGUUGAUAAAAAGACAGCAAUUGUGAAAACAACUUCAGGACCAUUUAUAGCCGAACCGAUGAAAGUUAGAGAUGACAAACGGCCUCGUUUGACCUUUAAAGAAAAACUGACAGCUUGAAUUGGAUCAACCGUGAAUGUGUUAAUUACAUGAUCAGUUUCAUUGUA